AUGCGAUCCUUGGAGACUGUGAAUGAGAUGAAUAAAUAUCUACACGAACAUCUAGGUUCAAUUAUUGACACCGUAGCACCAGAGAAAACUAUUUUCCCACGUCGCCCACCGGCACCGUGGUUUACAGAUCAAGUCAAAGAACUCCAGGGUCGUCGUGACAAACUCUACCGAAUUUACAAGAGAACUGGUUACGCAUACAAGGAAUAUGUAGGUGUCAGACGCUUAGUGAAAAAGAGAAUAAGUGAAGAAAAGAAAAGGUACUUUGAUCAGCAGUUACACAGUGCGAAAAACUCUCGGGAUAUGUGGAAUGAUUUAAGAAAACUAGGCUUAGUAAAACAAAAAAAAAAUACUCAAGUGGCAAUGCGAAUAGAUUUGAAUGUUUUGAAUGAUUAUUUUAUACAGUCAUCUAGCUGUCGUGACGGACCUGAUGUUGGUGUCCAAGAUAUUGUAUUGAUUCGUAGAAAUGACAAUGUAUUUAAUUUCUCAGAACUGAAUACAUUUACUGUUAAAAAAUCGAUAAUGCGUAUAACGUCGAAUUCAGUAGGACCUGAUAAGUUUUCAAUUAAAUCAUAUAAAUGUACAUUGUCAUUCCUACUGCCGCUAAUUACAGAAUUAUUUAAUAAGUCUUUGUCUACGGGAGUGUUUCCGAUAGAAUGGAAGUUGUCACAUAUCAUACCCAUUCCAAAGAAACCUAAUGCCUCUGAUUGUACUGAUUAUCGACCUAUAUCAUUAUUAUCUAAUUUGUCAAAAGCAUUAGAACGGUGUGUGCAUGAUCAAAUUGUGAGAUACAUUAAUGACAAUGAUUAUUUGGAUAAAUAUCAGACCGGCUUUCGAGAAGGUUUAAACACUCAGACUGCGGUAAUAAAAUUUUGUGAUGAUGUACGACUAGCGAUGAAUGAAUCUAAUAUAACCAUAGCUGUACUCUUUGAUUUAAGUAAAGCGUUUGACUCGGUAAACCACAAAGGUUAUUGCAUAAAUUACAAUUUAUGA